CACUAUAACACUCUUCGAAGUUCAAGCCUAUAUUCUUCUCUCUGCUUUCAUUUCCAUUUUGUUGCCUCCUUCAAUCCCAAGCACGCUCCUUUCUCUCUCUUUCUCUCCAAAGGUCUGAUUUUGAUCAGUACCCAAGAUCCCUUAACCAUUGGUUUUGUGGAUUGAAAGCAAAAAUGCUUCCUCAGCGCAUGAAGAAAGCUAUCACUGAUAACCCAAAGAAGCUUGCCAACUUGAUUGACCUUGUGAACCUUCCAUCCACUCUCAGAGACUUUGUGGGUCAAUCUCAGAUUUCUCGUUUGGGCUGUUUCAUGCGCGUUUGGUCCUACAUCAAAACCAAUAAUCUCCAGGAUCCAAACAACAAGAAUGUGGUCAACUGUGAUGAAAAGUUAAAAAGUAUAUUAUUGGGGAAACCUCAGGUUGAAUUAGCAGAACUUCCUGCACUUAUCAAGCUGCAUUUUCCCAAAGAGCCCAAGUGAUGUGUGUGAUAUGAAUCAAGAUGUCUGUCUUAUUGAAAAGCAUACAUUUCCUCAAGAUGAGUCUCUGAAUUUCUUUCCUUUUUUGCUUUUUUUCCCUCUCAUUCUGUAAGGACAUUAGCGUAGGAACCAGUAACCUAGCUGUUGAACCAUCAGAUUGGCAGUUUUCUUUAUGCUGUAUGAAUGGAUUAAUCUCAUUACAUGUAAUCCAACUUAAGAAGUCCUUUCCACAGCAUGCUUUUGCCAAUUUCUAAAUUUUGUAAUUAAGAAAUAUUUUUGUUGGAGUUUUGAUU